AUGUUUACAUUGAAGGGUGAAGAUGUCAACCGGACACUUGAAGGUGGGAGGAAGCCUCUUCACUAUGCAGCAGACUGUGGACAGCUUGAGAUUCUGGAAUUUCUGCUAUUGAAAGGAGCUGAUAUUAAUGCUCCAGACAAACAUAAUAUCACGCCACUCCUAUCAGCAGUCUACGAGGGCCAUGUUUCCUGUGUGAAAUUGCUUCUCUCAAAG